AUGGAAGAUAUCAAGAAAGCAUAUAGAACCAUGGCUCUCCGUUAUCACCCUGACGUGUGCGAUCCGAGUAUGAGGCUCGAAUGCACAAGAAAGUUUGUGGAGCUCAACAAGGCGUACCGUGCACUAUCCGACUCGAAGCUUGGAGAGAUGUACGAUUUGGACAUGGCCGUGAUGGACGGUUUUGAUGAGGAGGAGAAUAUGAGAAGGGUUUGGACGGCCCAGAUUGUUGGAUUGGAGAGAAGGUCGAAGGAUCGUGCAGCUAGGAGGAAUGCUCGAAAUCGAGGGCAAGGCAUGCCUCAUUCUUAG